AUGUCAUAUAGUUAUCUAUUCAAAUUCAUUCUAAUUGGUGAAACAGGUAUUGAAAAUGCGUAAAUUCUUAAGGAGUUGGAAAAUCAUGUCUGUUACUUUAGUUCAUCGAUAAACGAUUUAGACAAAAACAUGAGGUAACUAUUGGUGUUGAAUUAUGAGCAAAACUUAUCGAAUUAGAUGGUUUAAAUAUAUAGUUAAAAAUAUGGGAUACUGUAUUAAUAUUGAGUAAAAAUUAGGCUGGCCAAGAAUCCUUUCUAUAUAUAAAUCAAUCAUAUUAUAGAUCUGCAGCAGGUGCUAUUGUUGUUUAUGAUAUUACAAAAAGGAAAAGUUAUAAAAAUAUGGUUAGAUGGAUGGAAGAAGUGAAAAAAAAUGGAAAUCCUAAAUUAUCUAUACUCUUAGUUGGUAAUAAAGGAGAUUUAGAGUCAGAGUAAUUAUAGUAUUAAAUAUCAAGACGCUAAAUAUCAUAUAAUGAGGCACACUAAUUUGCAAAAGAAUGUGGAAUAGAAUUUCUUGAAACCAGUGCUAAAACAGCAAAUAAUGUUGAAGAAAUAUUUAUAAAGAUGGCUUAAAUUCUAUUAGAAAAAAUCAAUUUAGAAUAAAUUGACCCUAAAAAUGAAAAUUUUGGAAUUAAAUUAGGUAGUGAAUAAGCCACAUAUUCCCAUGAGAAUUAAAAUUUUACUAAUUUAGAAUAACAACAAGAAUAUUAAACUUAUGAAGAAAAGAAAAAAUCAAAUAUUUGUUGUUGA